GUGUGCUUGGUACAGUAUUUGGAAGAGCACAGUGGAACUCAUCAUAACGAAUUUAAUCCGUUCCAAUUAGAGUUGGGUUCCAUGAAUCUUUCGUUGAGAUUCAAUCAUGUGAAGCUUCAGUGAUGAAUGAUUCGAAUCUCUAGUCAAUACUUCAACGAUUCAUGGAUCUCUAAAGAUUCGCGUAUGUCCAAGGAUUCAUGGAUCUCUUAAGAAUCAUUAAUCUAUAAGAUUUGUAAAUCCAUUAAAAUCCAUAUAUCUCUAAGGAUUCAUGAAUCUUUAGAGGUGUAUGAUUUCCAAAAUAUAGAAUUCAUGAAUCUGAAUCUGAUUUUCCCAACACAAGUUCCAAUGACUCACUCGUCAUCCGGGAGGCUCUUUUUCAUACCAUUUUUAUGAAAAGUGAAACAAUUGGUUCCAGGUGAUGAAAAGUACUACAUCGGAUGGUGGUUUUAUCCAGCCUGAGCUUUAUGAUAUACGGUUCAGUGUGGAACUUGCUUAGUAACUACUUGCAUAAUCCACUCACUUUUUACGUGGAUACGGCACAGUAAGUAUGACAAUAUAAAGCAUAAGUAAUGCCUCUCGCAAACGAGUUUUUAUAUGACGAGUGAGCCACUGGGAGAGAUGUAUCUCGUUAGACGAGAGUACACUGUACUGUUGUUUGAUUUCCCUAUCCGAGUCCUCCAUGAAUUAAAAGAAAUCAAAUAAAAUGAAAUCAUCAGAUCUGCCAAAUUCGUCUGCGUUUGUGAAAAGGACAAAAAACAGAGGAUACGUUAUUUUCUCCCCCUAAUAGCCUGCAUUGGAACACAACAUUUCCAACUGUUACACUCUGCCAGGUGGUUAAUGGUGAAACAGUGGUUAAAAUGGCAGACGAAUACUUUGGCGUAAAUCGUGACCCAAUUAUUGACAGUCUCAUCAUUGAUAUAGCAUUUUACGGGGGUACAUGCUAUUCCUGUGAAGAAUGUCACUCAAGUACAUCGCAGAACACGUCGGUGAACUGUGCUGCUCUACAAAAUUUCACCGAAAUAGUACGCCGUCAUCGGGCACCCUGCGAAGAGCUAGUCAUCGACUGCCACUGGCAAAGGGUGUCGUUUGAUUGCUGCCGAUUGUUUCGUCCGCUCGAUACAGAAUUUGGACGUUGUUUUAGUGUGAAUACCGCAAACCACCAUGAUCUGUCUGGGCCACCUUCCCGGCGACUCACGAGCAAUCGUGAAACGGGUCCAGGUUGGAUAGGAUUUCGGGUACUGGAGGACGUUCAGCUCUAUCUGCACGAUGAAUACAGCGUACCACAUGCAUAUGUCGAUCGCUCACUGCGGGAAACGGUGCUGUGGGGCAUGCGUAAGGAGAUCGUGGUACGUGUUAUAGAGAUGGAAAACAAAGAAACGGUGCACGAUCUACCGAUUUGGCGUCGCAAUUGUCGUUUCCCUUGGGAAACUGUCGAUAAAGAUUAUCAACUGUACCGCCACUACAGUUUCUCCACGUGUUCUAUGGAGUGUUUCUGGAAAACUCAACACCAGCUUUGUAACUGUACGCAUCACUUAAUGCCACAACUUCUGAAUCCUCCAGGAAUCGAAACACUUGAAUCUCAAAUGUGUUCCUUCGAAGGGCUCACCUGCCUCACCGAGCAUUCGGCGGAAAUUGCUCAGGCUCGUAAACAAUGUGACUGCCUAUCAUCCUGCGUUGAAUCAGAGUACUUCGUAGUCCACAAAUCUGAAGAUUUCUUUGCGGAAAGUGAAGAGGAUGAAGGCUUGGUUAUAGUUCGACUUUUAUCGUUACCUUACGAAAGAUUCGUGCGCAACAUUGUCAAGACGGAAAUGGAUCUGUUCAUUGCGUUCGGCGGUUUGAUUGGACUAUUCUACGGAUGGUCGCUUCUGUCAACUAUAGAUUUUCUUAUAACUGUUUGUCACCUCGUCAUCCGGUUCAUCAGCUCCAUCUCUAACUAAUAUUUUGUGAUAGAGAUAUAUGAUAGGCAACUUAAAAUUGUAAGGAAAUUGUGUUACAAGGUGUUGAUGGG